UAAAUGCUUAGUUAUAUGUCAUUACAUUUAUUCUACGAAUGUUUAUAAGUGUCAAUAAUAAUAUCAAAUAUUCCGUAUUGAAUUAAAUUUGUUCAUAUUAUUAUUAAGAAUUAAAUUUAUUUAUAUUAUUAUUAUUAAGAAUAUGGCUAAAACCGACGUAAUAAACGAAAUCAAGAAACUUUCAAGUUUAGAAAGAGAACAAAAAAUAAUUGAUAAAACACCUUUCUGUCAUUUAAAAAUUACUAAUGCACGAAUUUUGGAUACAAUAGAAGGCAGAGAAAUAUGUAAACAUUGUUGUAGGUCACGAAAAUUUUUUUGUUAUUCUUGUUAUUUACCAGUUAUUGGAGAACAGUACUUUCCAAAGAUAAAGUUGCCUAUUAAAAUUGAUAUCAUUAAACAUGCACGUGAAAUAGAUGGAAAAAGCACUGCAAUUCAUGCAGCUAUACUUGCUCCUGAAGAUGUGAGAAUUUUUACAUAUCCUAAUUUUCCAGAUAUAUUGGACAAAGAAGAGACUGUUUUAAUUUUUCCUAGCCAAACUGGUGUAUCCGUAGAUUCUUUAUUCAUAAAGGAGGUUAAAAAAGAUAAUAAAAUAAUUACAAAUAGAAUAAAGAAUGCAUUUCCUAUAAAAAGAGCUAUUUUUAUUGAUAGUACAUGGCAUCAAACAAAAGCUAUUUACAAAGAUCAAAGAUUACGAGAUUUGCAUUGUGUUAUUUUAAAAUCAAGAAUAUCACAAUUUUGGCGUCAUCAGAAAAAAAGUCCAAGAUGGUAUUUAGCUACUAUUGAAGCAAUUCAUCAAUUCUUAGUAGAAUUGCAUACAUGUGCAUUUGGUAUAAUUCAAGAAUAUGCUAACACAGAUACUGAAGAAAAUUCUAUAAACAAUACUAUGCAUCGGCAUAUAAAUGAUUUAGAUGAAAGAUAUAAAGGUCAAUAUGAUGAUCUUUUAUAUUUUUUUAAAUAUAUGUAUGAAAAAAUUCAUAUUAUGUAUGAUCAUGAAAAGUUAUGGGCAUAUAAAAGGCCAUUAAUUUAAUUUAUAACAAUAAAAUAUUUUAUAAGAAAGA